AUGCAUUGUUUAGAUCUUCAAUUAAAGUUAUAUGACUAUUAAAAGGUUCUAAUAUAAUUGAACCGCAUUUGAAUACUUUUUUUGUUAUAAUUUGCACGAACGUAACAGCGGGAGCAUUCUCUACCAGUCAGCUACACGAGUUGCAGAUAUAGAAAUGUUUUUGGUGUUGGAUAUUGAGGAAAACAUUCUAAAACAAAAUAUUGUUAAUUUUAGAAUCCUUAAAAUUGUAUGUGUAUUGAAAUAGCAGUUAGGUACUUUAUAAUUCUGAUUAAAUAUCCGUAUUAACUGCUAAUUAUUUUCCGCAUUUUGUGUAUUUAUACGACUUAAUAAACCAAUUAAUAUAAUAUAUCGCAUAACUCAUAUCCUUAUCAAACGAUGAAUCAUGCAGCAAAAUGCAUUUAUUUAUUUGAAACUCCAUUCCGAUCUUAUUUGCACGCCUCUAGCAUAUUAGGCGGUAGAGGACGUGAAUAAUUUUAUUAAUUAACUGAUCAUCGUCCUGUUUGUUCGUUUAGCAGUUUUGCAAGACAAGGAAGAAUGAGUUGUGACUGCGACUACGUUUUGCCCAGCAGAAAAGGUUUCAUGCCACACUAUGAUAACUGCAAGACCGUGUGGCAAGCAAAGCAUCCUGGAAAAAAAUAUCCCAAAAAUGACGACGGAACAAUAGCCCUGCCGAAUGAACACCUUCUGAGCUUGGAUGUGGACAUAUUGUACCAUUUGGGUUUGGACAAUAAGAACUGUGAUUUAAAAGCAAUGUUUCACGACGCUAAGUUUGUGUGUAUGGGUGGAACUAAAUAUCGUAUGCGAGAGUUCGCGCAAUACAUGGCUGGCGUAUUGAACAUACCGACCGAUGGUGGUCUCAAGAACUUGACCAAACGCUCCCAAAGGUACGCCAUGUACAAAGUUGGUCCAGUCCUUGCUGUUAGCCACGGAAUUGGCAUACCCUCAAUGACGACGCUCCUCCAAGAGGUGAUCAAGUUGCUGGCGUACGCAAAAGUGGCGAACCCCAUCGUCUUCAGGCUGGGCACAUCUGGUGGGCUGGGCAUCCCCGCAGGAUCAGUGGUGGUGUCAUCCUGGGGGCUCAACGGGAACCUGGAGAAGACUCAUAAUAUUCCAAUUUUAGGUAAAACCCGAAAGUUUCCAUCCAUCUUGGAUACACGGCUGAGUCAAGAGGUCCAUUCUUUGGCGGAUCCGUCUGAUGAAUUCCAAACUUUCUUAGGAGGGACUAUGGGAGCUGAUGAUUUUUAUAGAGGACAAGGUCGCCUGGAUGGUCCUUUCUGUGAUUAUACAGAGCAGGACAAAUUGGCUUAUUUAACUAAGUUAUCAGAGAUGGGGGUAAGAAAUAUAGAGAUGGAGGCGCCGGCCUUGGCAGCGAUGCUCACGGAGGCUGGCGUGCGCGGCGGCGUAGUAUGCGUCACAUUCCUGGAUAGGCUGCAGGGAGACCAGGUAACUCCGAGCAAAGCUACUCUGACGGACUGGCAAAACCGGCCGAUGAUCCUUAUCGGCAGAUACAUAGAGAAAUAUCUAAAGAAAUAAACAUAUCAAUAAUUUUAAUAUAAUAUACAAAAAUUUUGUUUUUGUAACUAUUUCUUUAUCACGAGACAACGUAUCCAUCAAAGUAUAUAAAUUAUUUCAAAUUGUAUUGAAUAUUACUUUUUAUAAAUAAAAAUAUUAGAAUUCAAAUC